AUGCAGCAAAGCCCUCUGCAAAACUUCCAAGAACCUGUGAACUUGGAGUGAAUGGACCUGCCAAUGCUUAAAAAUCCAAACGAAUGGCAGUUUUCUCUUCAGCGUCUGCAUCUGCUUCAUCCAAACAGGUACUUCCACUCGUUCUAAAGCCCAAUUUCACCUCUCGCUUGUUCCAAUUUUCAUCCACCAACGGCUGCUCUCCAAUCUCUAAAACCCUAGUGCAUGAAAUCACAACAGCGUUUCACCAGGAAAAUCUCAGCCUCUUGGACUCCAAAACUCUAUCCAAAUUACGCCCCCACCACGUGGAACCCAUUCUUUUUCAUCUCCUCUCCAAACCCACUUCCGCUGUUCGGUUCUUCGAGUGGUCCGAGAAUGUUCUAGGGCUUAGCCACACGCUCGAGUCUUUUUGCGCUCUUGCCCAUGUGUUGCUCAGCAAGCGAAUCUUCGGUGCUGCUAGAUGGGUUUUCGAUAGAAUGGCUAGAAAAUUUAGGACUUCGGAUAUUGUAUGUGUGUUGUACAAGGGGUUGAGGCAUUACGGUUCGAACCCUAGCACGGUCUAUAGCUUAAUUGUUGAGCAUUACUGUAGCAAUGGGAUGAUUGAUCGGUCGGUUGAGGUAUUUUUUCGAUUGUCUGAAAUGGGUGUUCCAGUAUCACCAUAUGCGGUAUUCACAAUGUUGAGAUCUUUGGUGAGUUCCAAGAGCAUUGAUAGUAUUUUGGAUGUGUACGAGGUGAUAUGUAACGGGUCAGUAGGAGAGCAGAGCCGGUGUUUGAAUGUGUAUGAAUAUGUGAUUAAUGGUUUUUUCGUGAAUGGUGAGGUUGAAAUGGGUUUGAAGUUACAUCAGAGAAUGAUUGAGAGAGGGCUUGCGCUUGAUAUUGUUGCUUGCAAUAAGGUAUUGAAGAGUCUCUGUAAAGGCAAUUGUCUAGAAGUCGCCUCUAAGUACUUUUCUUUGAUAGCUGAGGCAGGUCCAAAGCCAAGUUUGGUGACGUUUAGCACAUUGAUUGACAGGUAUUGUAAGGAGUUUAGAUUUGAGGAGGCAUUUGAUCUUUAUAAUUUUAUGGAAACAAUGGGUCCUGCUCCCGAUCUAAUCACUUAUAGUAUUCUCAUUGAUGGACUCUUCAAGGCGGGGAAGUUGGAGGAAGGAAACCAUCUUCUCUCAGAGGCACUGGAUAGAGGCAUGAAAUUGGAUGUAGUUAUUUUUAGCUCCAUGAUCAACGCAUAUGUAAAGGUUGGAGAUUUAGAAGAGGGGGUUGAAAUAUAUAAUAGAAUGCUAAAAGAAGGUAUCACUCCUAGCACAGUCACUUAUAGCACUCUUAUAAAUGGCCUGUGCCAAAAGGGUCGGCUUCUUGAGGCAUGUAGUAUAUUUGGUUUUAUUGUGAAAAGAGGGAUUGAGCCUUCCGUAUUCACUUAUAGUAGUCUCAUUGAUGGCUUUUGCAAAAUGGGACAUUUGAAAGAUGGUUUUGAUGUCUAUGAGGCUAUGUUAAAGGAGGGCCACACUCCUGAUGUUGUUACUUAUAGUGUGCUCAUAACUGCUCUUAGCAAACAAGGAUGGAUGGUAGAUGCUCUUAAAUUCUUCUAUGAGGCUAUGAAGAGGGGUUUAAGACCUAGCGUUUUUAUUUUCAACAGCUUAAUUGAUGGUUGCUGUAGAUUGAAACAAUUAAAAAAUGCUGUAAAGCUAUACAUCCAUAUGGAUAUGUAUAAUGUAGUUCCGGACAUAGCUUCUUAUACUGUGCUUAUCAAAGGGAUCAGUGAGAUAGGGAGACCAGGUGAGGCAUUACUUCUUUUCUUCCAGAUGCUGAAGAGAGGGUUCUCCCCGGAUGCUGUAAUAUAUUCUACUCUCAUUGAUGGAUUCUGCAAACAGAAGAAUCCAACAACUGGAUUACAGAUUUUUGAGCUGAUGCUUAACAGUGAAGUAAAUCCUGAUGUUACCAUUUACAAUGUUCUCAUUAACAUGCUUUUUAAGGAAGGUCGCUCGCAAGAUGCAUUGGGAUUUUUCAGGAAGAUUUGUGCAGGCAGACCAGAACCUGAUAUUGUGACAUACAACACUGUUAUUUGUGGUUAUUGCUCUUUGAAAAUGUUGAAUGAAGCUGUUAAACUUUAUGAAGGACUGCGAUAUGAACAGAUCAAACCUAAUGUCAUCACUUUUUCAAUUCUAAUUGAUGCUUUUUGUAAAGAAGGCAGGAUGGAUGAUGCAAUGUUGCUAUUCUCCGAUAUGCUGGAAAAAGGUCCAGAACCUAAUGUGGUCACUUACAGUUCUUUAAUUGAUGGCUAUUUCAAAUCGAAUGAUAUGAAAAAUGCUUUUGAGCUUCACGAAGAGAUGCUUCAUAACCAUCUCUCCCCAAAUAUGGUUAGUUACAGUAUCCUGAUUGACGGUCUUUGCAAAAGAGGUCUUGUGGAAGAAGCUUCUGUUAUCUUCAAUCAUGCAUUAUCCAGGCGUUUAUUGCCUGAUGUGGUAGCAUAUGGUAUUCUGAUUCGUGGUUACUGCAAGGUUGGAAGAUUGGUGGAUGCUAUCACCUUUUAUAACCGUAUGCUGGGAGAUGGCAUAAAGCCAGAUAGUUUAAUACAAGCUACACUUGCAGAGUAUCAUCUUAAAAAUAGUUAAAAAAAAUUGAACCAGUGCGUGCAAAGUUUUAAGUGCAAUUGAGAUGACAAUGCUAUGAUGGAUUUAUGGUUAUACAAGAAAAGAUAGAAUUAGGAAUGAGAUUAUCUAUAUUAAGGUUGGAAUGGUGCUUGUUGAAGAAAAGUUCAAUUAAGAUGGGUUCGAACAUGUACCUGUAAAAUAAGUGGAUGGAAUGGAAGCAGUUUGUGGUUAAAAAAAAGGAAGAGGAAGACCAAAUAAAAUCUAGUUAACAUGAGAUAUAAUGGUUUUGCAGAAGAUAUGUUCAUGGCUAAACAUGGUUGGAGAGUUGAUUUGAUUCUACUUGGUGGAACUAAAGGCUGUGCCUAGGGAGAGAGGGGAUGAAUUCUUUUGCAGUUGGCCAAUAAUUGAUUCAAACUGAGAAAUGAGUACAUCUUUUACUCUUUCUUUGCUUCAUACCGUUAAGUAUCUUCGCAAACCCAUCAUUGCUUUGCUGAUUUUCGUGUUUGUACAUCUCUGUCUGCAUGUAUCUUUGUAGGUAAAAUCGGACUGUUUAUGUAAAAGAUAUAUAGAUACAUGGUAUUGUCCAUAGCAAAUUUGUUUAAAUAUGACCUUUUGGAUGUAUUGCUUCAUCAUAUACAAGUCCAUAAUAUUUGAUGUAUAUUUUCUUGCACAACACAUGAUCUGUCUAUUUA